CCGAAAUGAAAUUUACAACAGCUGCGCUGUUGUUUAUACUCUUGAAAAUCUAUGCACAAAGAAACCAAGUUCGGUCCUGUGGACAACUUCCAACUGUUCUUGUCCCCUUACUAACGAAUGCGCACACAACUCAUCGUUGGCCUUGGCAUGUUGCAAUUUACCACCAAUAUAAAGAAUCUAGUUCAACUUAUCAGUGUGGAGGCACAUUGAUAAGUUCGAAUUCGGUACUGACAGCGGCGCACUGUGUAUUGGUGACUACAGAAGAAGUAAGCGUUUCCUUGGGAAGGUUAUUUUUGGAUGCGAGUGAGAGUAGCGCCCCCCUUAUUAAGAUUGCCGACAUAAUUCGACAUCCACGGUACACUUCAGAAAAUCAAGAUCAUGAUAUCGCCAUUAUUGUACUCGCAACCCAUGCAACAUACAACAAUUAUGUGCAACCAAUAUGCUUAUGGACGACGGACAAAACCGAUCUGUCGGAUAUUAUUGGUAAAUAUGGAACGGUAGUUGGAUGGGGCCGCACCGAAACUGGUGAAAUAUCAAAUGCACUUCGACAAGCCUCUCUGCCAGUGGUGAGCCUUACCACAUGCCUCAAAAGCAAUCGCGACUUGUUCGGACGCUUUCUAUCCGACACGAAUUUCUGUGCUGGUACCCAAAACGGAACCGGUGUUUGUUCGGGUGAUAGUGGGGGAUCGAUGACAUUUGAAGUAAAUGGACGAUAUUACAUUCGUGGUGUAGUAUCAGUCGGUCCAGGCAAAUUCAUUCAACAAAGGAACGAAAUAGUGUGCGAUCCAACGCAAUUUACCAUUUUUACCGAUGUUGUACCGUACCUACCAUGGAUUCGAAACUCGACGAAAAUAGAUGGGAAAGUCGACGGAUGCGACGUGAGAGUGCCGUGUGGAUUGAGCGAGGACAAACAUCACUGCACGGCAGUUCUCGAUCGCUACAUUCACAGUUCUUCAUUAGGAUGUCGUACUAUUUUUGACGGAGCUCGGAACUCGGAAGUUAAUGAGCUGACAAUUAGUGGAGAAUCUGAUGUCAUUCCCGAUUUGUCGGAUGCGGCAACCAAAUUUCGAAAUUUGGACAGCCUGGUGUUCGAAAAAAUGUCGCUAAAAGUUGUUGAGAGAGACCAACUGGCCCCGUUCGCUAAAAUUCGGAAAUUGAAUUUAUCCGCAAAUGGAAUCAGUCAGUUCGAUAGCGACACUUUCGACGAUUUAAUUAGUCUUACAAAACUUGACAUCAGUUACAAUAAGCUGACAGAGCUUCACGCUGAUCUUUUCAAAAAACUCGCUGUUCUGGAAUUUCUUGAUAUGAACGGAAAUAGGCUGACGACAUUACCUGCAACCAUCUUUCGAUCUAAUUGGAAAUUCCAACAUCUCAAAAUGUCUUAUAAUCAGUUGAAGGAAGUUCAUGCGGAUCUCUUCAACGACCUUCGAAAUCUUGAACAGCUUGAGUUACUGGGAAACAAACUGGUAACCUUACCUACACAAUUGUUCCAUACCAACCGAAAAAUACAAGUUCUCAACCUUGGCCAAAAUCAACUGAAAGAACUUCAUGUCGAUAUCUUUAAAGAACUCAUCAACCUGGAAUACCUUUAUGUGCACACAAAUAGGCUCGAACUGUUGCCGGCAGACAUCUUCCUAAGUAAUGGAAAAUUGCGACAACUCGCCUUUACCCAAAAUCAGCUGAAAGAACUUCAUGUCGCUGUAUUGAAAGAACUCCCUAAUCUGGAAAUUCUUAAUGUACACACAAAUGAGCUCAAGCUUUUACCUGCAGACAUCAUUCGAAAUAAUACAAAGAUGCGACAAGUGAGCUUUGCUCGAAAUCAAUUGAAAGAACUUCCUGUCGAUCUCUUCAAAGAACUGCCCAAUCUCCAAAAAAUUUAUUUGUAUGGCAAUGAACUAGAGAUCAUACUCCCAGGUCUGUUCAAGAAUAAUCUUGAUUUGACAUACAUAGACCUUGGCCAUAAUCACUUGAAAGAAGUCCAUGUCGAGGAGCUUCGAAAUUUAGAAAUCCUUCUCUUAAAGGAAAAUCAGCUGGAAUCCCUACCCGCAGACACAUUUAUUAGCAGCAGUAAACUGCAAAAUCUCGAUCUUAGCGUGAAUCAGUUGAAAGAACUUCACAUCAAUCUUUUUCUUAACAUUGUCGAUCUGCAAAUUCUUUAUUUACAUGCAAAUAAACUCGAACUGUUACCGGCAGGCAUCUUCCGAAAUAAUAAAAAGUUGCAACAAAUCGCCCUCUCCGAUAAUCAAUUGAAAGAGCUUCAUGCUGAUCUAUUCAAAGAAGUUACCAAUCUGGAAGUCCUGCUGUUAAACACCAACAAACUCGAGGUUGUACCUGCUAACAUCUUUCGAAAUAAUGGGAAAUUGCGAGGUCUGGGCCUGGGCCGAAACCAAUUGAAAGAACUUCCUAUCGAUCUGUUCAAAGAACUGUCCAACAUCGAAGUAAUUUUAUUGAAUACCAAUCAAUUAGAGAUCAUACCACCGGGUCUAUUCAGAAAUAAUCGGAAAUUGACGCGUAUUGAUCUGUCGUGGAACAAAAUCAAGAAAAUUGAACCAGACUUCCAUCAAAUGACACAUGCCGCGUUGAAAACUAUCGUUCUUAAUGGAAACGUCUGCAUAGACGAUAUGUGUGGUCCAUGUGAUGACUUUUCUUUGUUCCAAAUUUUCGAUAAAAUCGACAAGAACUGUUAAGGUAAAAGUUAGGUUUUCAUUCAACCAUGCUGUCGCUGUGUCAGAUAUUCAUUGUGGAUGUAUAACUGAAUUCGAUAUAAAAUUUAAGCAACGCCAUCACCCAUGUCUGAUACACUACAUCCAUAGCAGGCAUCACUUAGCGAGUGAUUUCUUAAGUUAAGUUAGUUAAAUUUGAGAACCAAGUC